CCAGGGGACGCCGUUCCGAGGGGCGCCGUUUCCAGGGGACGCCGCGCCGCGCCGCACUGUGGAAGCGCCAAGAUGGCGGUGCGCGGGCCCUGGGCACUGCGGUUCCUCACCGCCCGCUUCUCGCAGCGCGCCGCCGCCGGCACCGAGUUCCGCAGCGCCUACAGCUUGGACAAGUUGUACCCGCCGCGGGACGGCGGCACCGCCAGCGACCCGGAGAAGGCCAGGCCAGCGGCCCUCAACAUCCCCAUGGACCGACUGACUGUAUCCUACAGCCGGAGCAGCGGCCCUGGUGGGCAGAAUGUUAACAAAGCAGUGAACAGACUGAACUGCCUCAUAAAACCCAGGAACGCCAUCUAUUGCAUUGAAAAGGUCCUGUUUUUCCUCCCAGUGAAUACCAAGGCAGAAGUCAGGUUCCACCUGGCAUCAGCAGACUGGAUCCCAGAAGCUGUAAGAGAAAAAAUGGCAUCAGUGCACAGAAAUAAGAUAAACCGAGCUGGUGAGCUGAUUGUGAACUCCGAAGAGAGUCGUUACCAGAUGAGGAACCUGGCGAUUUGUUUAGAAAAAAUCAGAGUCAUGGUCACAGAAGCUACUGAGAAGCCCAAGGUGGUGUCUAAGGAGACUGCACAGCAACUCAUAGCCAGGGUAGAAAAAAUGAACCGUGAACGAUUAAGACAGAAAAGGAUACACUCAAAUAUAAAACAGAGCAGGAAGGCAGAUUUUGACUGAGAGCAGAGGUGGAAGUCUUUCGUGUACUGCCUUGAUAAGGAAAUGUUGUUGGCAACAGUAGAUGAUACUAAACUGAUCUGAUAAAGUCUGUCUAAAAAUGCAAAUAAAAAACAUAUUUAUAACCUGC